CAGCGAGACAAACGGAAGUAAGAAAAAUAAACGAACGGCGAAAGUCAAGAGGGAGCGAGAGCUAAGCUAACAACUUAUAUAAGGUUGCCUCAGGUCGGUCCCUCUCUCUGUGCAAUGCCCAGACAUGUUGCAUCAGGAAGCUUCUCGAUUGAACCGGUCAGUCCCGCCCCCACGCGAGGGAGCUCAGCUGAUGCAACGACAGCACCUCCGCUAUAAAAGCUCGCGCUCGCCUUCCCUCGCUGCUCAGCUCAACCAAGUCACUACAUGGAGAAAACACACGCUAAACGUUUGGAGGAGAUACCGGAGCUUCACAAACCAGAAUCAGGAUGGUCGAUACCGCGGCUCUGCUCUUUGGGCACGGAGCGCCCGUCUUUGCGGAGGAAGAAAGUGUCGUUGAGAUGAUAGGAAAAUAUUUCCUCCAGCUCACAUCCCCGAGCAGAAAGACGAGCUCAGCCCGGCGGGGGAGUGUCGAGAGCUGCGACGAGACUGACAACAACUUGCCUUUUGCCGACGUGGACGCUGGUUUGGAGCAUGAAGAACGGCUCCUGCAGCAGGAGGUGACCCGGCGGAUAGAGCAUUGUCUGACAGAGGCCAAAGCUUCUACCUUACACUGCCAGAUGCUGCUGCUGCCUCGCCAGAUGACCACCAGGGUUGGCCAGGACGUGGUGCGCUCCUCUGCUGAUGAGCCCUGCGGCCUGCGGGGUGCUUCUAUCAAGGUCUACGUUGAGGGCAAAGAUGGCCUGAAGUCUGUGGGGAGCAUCCUGGUAGAUCAAAGUGUCACCCCGACAUUUGAACUGUCUGUGAUAUUUAAGGCAGACAAGGACGACGGCUGGCCGCCGCUAAAGCACAUCUUUGAUACCAACAAAGUGCUGAAGCUGAGAGCAGAAUACCGGCUGGUGAAGAGGAAACUCUACUCUUCAGCCAGCCCGGUCAUUCAUGAUUUCAACUAGAUUUUAACCCCUCUUUCACCGUUUACUUCUUUUUUAAAGUUUUUUAUUUUUAUGAAUGUUAUUCUUGACUUUAUCUGAAAUGUCAGGCAUCAUGCACAAAAUUUGGCCCUGACUGUGCUGGAAAAUGCUGGAGUUUCCCUGUGUUUUAUCUCAGCUCUAAGACAAUAGAUUGUUCUGUAUUCCUGUAUGAAUGAAUGACUUGUGAUUUCCUAAACACUGUAGCCAAAUAAGAGUAUUUUGCACAGAAUGGUUGAAUGUUAAAGUGUACGCUGUAAACAUAAAAAACUUCCUUCCAGGACUGGGCGGGUCCCACUCCUGAUGUGUGCUGUACUUUUGUUAUUUAUGCAGUUGUAAAAUAAAUUUUUUAUACUACAA